AUGGAGAUAGCUGCCAUUAUGGCCAUUGUCUUGGCUAAUGGAGGAGGCAAGCCACCAGAUUGGCAAGACUUUGUUGGUAUCGUUGUAUUGCUUUUCAUCAACUCCACCAUCAGCUUCAUCGAAGAAAACAAUGCCGGUAAUGCCGCUGCUGCUUUGAUGGCUGGUCUUGCCCCUAAAACCAAGGUUUUGAGGGAUGGAAAAUGGAGUGAGCAAGAUGCAGCAAUUUUGGUACCAGGAGAUAUGAUUAGCAUCAAGUUGGGAGAUAUUAUCCCAGCGGAUGCUCGUCUGAUGGAAGGUGAUCCUCUCAAGAUCGAUCAGUCUGCCUUGACUGGCGAGUCCCUUCCGGUCACAAGGCAUCCAGGCAGUGAGGUUUUCUCAGGAUCAACCUGCAAGCAAGGUGAGAUUGAGGCUGUUGUUAUCGCAACCGGUGUUCAUACCUUCUUUGGUAAGGCAGCUCACCUUGUCGACAACACCAACAACGUCGGUCAUUUCCAAAUGGUGUUGACAGCUAUUGGUAACUUCUGUAUCUGCUCAAUUGCUAUUGGUAUGCUGAUUGAGAUCAUAGUGAUGUACCCAAUCCAACACAGGAAGUACAGAGACGGCAUUGACAACCUCUUGGUGCUUCUCAUCGGAGGUAUUCCUAUCGCCAUGCCCACGGUUCUGUCGGUGACUAUGGCUAUUGGGUCUCACCGCCUAUCACAGCAAGGUGCAAUCACCAAGAGGAUGACUGCCAUUGAAGAAAUGGCUGGAAUGGAUGUCUUGUGCAGUGACAAGACUGGCACUCUCACCCUUAACAAGCUUACUGUAGACAAGAAUCUCAUUGAGGUGUUCGUGAAGGACAUGGACAAGGACACCCUUAUAUUACAUGCUGCCAGGGCUUCUAGAACUGAGAACCAGGAUGCCAUUGAUGCUUCAAUUGUUGGGAUGUUGGGAGAUCCCACAGAGGCAAGAUCAGGAAUCACUGAGGUGCAUUUCUUGCCCUUCAACCCCGUGGAAAAGCGCACUGCGAUCACUUACAUUGACAGCAAUGGUGACUGGCAUAGAAGCAGCAAGGGAGCUCCUGAGCAGAUUAUUGAGCUCUGUGAUCUCAAGGGGGAGACAAAGAGAGAGGCUCACGAAAUCAUUGCUAACUUUGCCGACCGUGGCCUUCGUUCCCUCGGAGUUGCUCGUCAGACAAUUCCGGAGAAGAACAAGGACAGUGCAGGAGCACCAUGGGAGUUUGUGGGUCUCUUGCCUCUUUUUGACCCUCCAAGGCACGAUAGUGCUGAGACGAUCCGCCGAGCCCUUGACCUUGGUGUCAAUGUUAAGAUGAUCACUGGGGACCAACUUGCUAUUGGCAAAGAGACUGGCCGCAGACUUGGCAUGGGUACCAACAUGUAUCCUUCAUCAUCCCUCCUUGGUGAUAGCAAAGAUGAGUCAAUUGCUUCCAUUCCAGUUGAUGAGCUCAUUGAGAAAGCUGAUGGAUUUGCAGGAGUCUUCCCUGAGCACAAGUAUGAGAUUGUUAGGAAGCUUCAGGAAAGGAAACACAUUUGUGGCAUGACAGGCGACGGUGUUAAUGAUGCCCCGGCAUUGAAGAAGGCAGACAUUGGUAUUGCGGUGGCAGAUGCAACUGAUGCUGCCAGGAGUGCCUCAGACAUUGUUUUGACAGAACCAGGAUUGAGUGUGAUUAUCAGUGCUGUAUUGACAAGCAGAGCCAUCUUCCAGAGGAUGAAGAACUACACAAUCUAUGCUGUUUCAAUCACGAUUCGUAUCGUGUUGGGAUUCUUGCUCGUUGCACUUAUCUGGAAGUUUGACUUCUCACCAUUCAUGGUCCUCAUUAUUGCCAUCCUCAAUGAUGGAACCAUUAUGACCAUCUCCAAGGAUAGAGUCAAGCCAUCUCCUGUGCCUGACUCCUGGAAGCUCAAGGAAAUUUUUGCCACAGGCAUUGUCCUUGGAACCUACAUGGCAAUCAUGACUGUGCUGUUCUUCUGGCUUGUUCAUGACACUGACUUCUUCCCCGAUAAGUUCGGCGUGAGGUCGAUCAGAGGUAAACCGGAUGAGCUUACAGCAGCUCUUUACCUUCAAGUGAGCAUCAUCAGUCAAGCACUCAUCUUUGUGACCAGGUCAAGGAGCUGGUCCUUUGUCGAACGCCCUGGUCUCUUGCUUGUUGGUGCCUUCCUCGCAGCGCAAUUGGUGGCAACUAUCAUUGCCGCAUAUGCAAACUGGGGAUUUGCAAGAAUCCAAGGCAUUGGCUGGGGAUGGGCAGGAAUAAUCUGGCUUUUCAGCAUUAUCACCUACAUCCCUCUUGACAUCCUCAAGUUCAUCAUCCGCUAUGCAUUGAGCGGGAGGGCUUGGGAUAACCUGCUAGAACACAAGACUGCUUUCACCACCAAGAAGGAUUAUGGAAAGGGUGAGAGGGAGGCUCAAUGGGCUACUGCUCAGCGUACCCUUCACGGUCUCCAGUCACCAGAAACCAUGAACAAUGACAAGGCCAGCUACAGGGAGUUGAAUGAGCUCGCUGAGCAGGCGAAGAGACGCGCCGAAGUAGCAAGGCUGAGAGAGCUUCACACAUUGAAGGGCCAUGUUGAGUCAGUUGUGAAGAUGAAGGGGCUUGAUAUUGAGACCAUCCAACAGCACUACACAGUCUGA